AUGGAUCUGAUAGGGAAAAUUUUGCCGCCAGCAACACGGGGGCAUUGCUUCAUCAUUGUGGCAACGGAUUACUUCACCAAGUGGGUGGAGGCUGUGCCAAUGAAGGGAGUCAGUCAGACCGAACUGAUCCAAUUCUUAAAGUGCUAUAUCAUCCAUAGAUUCGGCCUCCCAGAGACUGUCACCUGUGAUAAUGGGAGCAUGUUAGUAGGGAAUGAAGUGGUUGCGUUUGCGGCUGAGCUAGGCAUAACGUUUACUCACUCUACCCCAUACUAUGCACAUGGCAAUGGGCAGGCCGAAGCAAGCAACAAGAUCCUUAAGGGGUGCCUAUCAAAGGUAGUCGAUGAUAACCCAAGAUGGUGGGCAGACAUGCUCUCAGAGGUCCUGUGGGCAUUCAGGACGUCCCAAGGGAGCAGCACCGCCACCACACCUUUCGCCCUAACUUAUGGCCAUGACAUGGUGUUGCCAGUAGAGGUAAGCGUAAGGUCAGCAAGGGUGGCAUUCCAACAGAGACUCUCGCCAACCGCCUACACUGAGGCCAUGAUAGCCAAGCUUGAUGACUUGGAGGAGGAGCGUUUGGCUACGUUGGAUAGGAUGCAGGUCCAGAAGAAGAAGAUCGCGGCCAUCUUCAAUAAGACGGUCAGUUUGAAGCAUUUCCAAAAGGGAGAUUUGGUCUUGAAGACCGUACUUCCUAUUGGGGCGAAGGAUCCCAGGUUGGGAAAAUGGUCCCCAAUGUGGGAAGGACCGUUUACGAUCUGUCAAGUACUAAAAGGCGGGGUGUAUAGACUGCAAGACAUGGGAGGGAGCAUCCAUGUUAGACCUAUAAAUAGAAAGUUCCUAAAGGCAUACUGCCCCACGAUGUGGGACCUAGGCUGA